CAAUCUUGAGCCACAAGCACAUCUUUUAGGAGGGAAUCCUAUCCUACAAUGAACUGAUCUCAAAAAGCUUUAGUUAAUAGGAAGAAACUCUGAAGCCUUCAGAACACAGCAGAGAAACUAAAUCUGAGGGGAGCUCUGAGAAUCAUUCAGUUGUUAGUCCUAGACACUGCUUCUGUACUGGGAAUGAUGCUAGUGUGGAGUUUUAUGAUCCUGAAAGAGAGGCAACUCCUCUGGGCAACCUUCUAUGUUUUGUGCCUGUUGGAAAAUCGAGUCUCUGGUGAGGAAACUAAUUCAAGUAGUAUUUCUCCAAAAACUACCAUUGCUGAGAAGUUGACAACAGUCAUUACUCCUAGUCCUGCUUCUAGUAUUACCUCUUUAAGCUCCACUGUAACAUCACUAAAAGAGACAUCAAGCAAUGGUACCAAGCCAGAGACAUUUGCCAGCAUACCCACAACAAACGUAACUUCACCAAAUACAACAGCUAAGUCGUUUACUACACAGUGGAAUGCAAUAUUGACUACUAACAAUGAGACAACAACAACUCAAAGUUUAAGUUCAACACCACUUCUAACACAUGAACCUACUAAGCCAACAACAUAUAAUUCUACCAUUUCUCUUAUUACAGACACAACUAAGAACAACAGUGAGAUGUUCAGCGUCUCAUGUAUGAAAAUCAAGCAGCUGCCUCCUGCCACUGAAGUGGUAUGCUUGGAACUCGAUGAAGUCCAAUCUUGUGAAAACUUUAAAAGAAACAAAGGGGAAGGAUUGAGCAAAUUGGUUUGUAAAAAACAACAACUUCCAUGCUUUAUUGAACUGGCCGACUCUGAUGUGAAUCACCACUGCAUGUUGUUGCUUGCAGUUAACAAUACAGAAAAUAUAGGUGCAAAUGCAUUACGUGGCUUUCUGGAUAACAAGCAACCCGAUUUGAAAGCGCUUGGGAUAAAAUUCCACAAGCAGGAACGCACUGAGAUUCACCAGGUCCAUUCUCGGGGGACCCUUAUUGCCUUGGUCACCACCGGCUUGCUGUUUGCAUUUUUGGGAUUGACUGGAUAUUAUCUUAUGAAACGACGAAGCUGGAGCCCCAUGGGAGAGAGGCUGGGUGAAGAUCCUUAUUACAUCGAAAAUGAUAGCCAUAGUAACCCUGAUAUCCCUGUGGCCUCUCAUGAACAAUCUGAUCUGCAGGAUAAACCAAAUCUCAAUGGAGGGGCUCGGGAAAAUGGAACUGGCCAGCCGUCCUCAAAAAAUGGACACCAAACAAAGCCCCAGGUUGUGGCUGACACAGAACUGUGAAAAUGCUGUGACCUUCUUAAUGCAGCUGGAAAAGCUCAACUGCACUUACAAAGAGGAGCUAGGAGUAAAAAAUCAUUAAUGAAAUUAUAAUACCUUUGUUUUAAGUGUUAACAUCUUAACAUUAAUUUUUCAGGGCCGAUGCAGCAGCAUUUGUGUAUGGAAAUUGUACAAUUAGCAAACUGCUUCAAUGGUAUUGGUUAUGUUCUUAAUAAAAGGGAAGUUUGGAGGGUUUUUUAUUUUAUUUUUCUACUUUUAGAUGUGAUGUCCUUCACAAUAGUUCAUCCAGGGAGACACAAGGCAUGUUUCCUAGAAAUUAAAUUUUUUUCACUUAUUUGAGAGUUGUUUAAUAUCUAUCUGAUGCUGUUUGGAGUAAGAAAGGACAUUUCACUUUUUUAAAACGUAAUUUUAAUUUUAAUUUAAAAUAUAACAGAGAUGUAACAACUACGGCUCCAGAGUAGUAGGCAGCUGAAAAUCCCUAGAUUUUAGUAAUCACCACCCUUUCUCAUACCCAACUUUCUGCCUUUCUGCAUUUAGGCUAUGCUGCACUUUGUACAUAACAUAAACUGAUUGUAAGCCUGCAACUCAUCAAAAACCUUUUGAAAUAUAGUUGAGGCAGUUCUUAAACAACACAAAAUAAACUCUUCACUAGAUUUGCUUAUUUUGAAAAAACUGAGUAUCUUUUCCAUUUAAAAGAAAUAGGAAAAAUUAGGAGACUUUUAUAACAUGAAAGUGCAGUAUAAUAGACAAUAGACCUAAAUCUGAAAUGCUCUGUCUCUUUCAAACUUUGUUUUCAUUGUCCAUAUACUGUACAUAAGAACAAGAAAACAACUUUUUUCCCCUACAUAGUACUUUCUAGAUGCUUUGGGACUGUUACUAUCAGAACUCAUACAAAGUACAUCCUUUGAAUUCCAAAAAUCACUGAUUUUUUUUUAACAUAAAGGAAAUAAAUCUGAAAUGUUAUUCUUAAUCUGGAUACAGUUAAUUACAUUGAAAUCAAGAGUGGCAUUAGUUGUAGUUACAUUAAGUGGAGUUACAUAUUUCUGAGCCUAGAAUCCUAUUUUAACAUCCUGGAGUUUAAAUACAAUGCAGUUUACUUCUAAAUAGACAGUGAUAUGAUGUCAGGGCCUUUGAAUCUAGUUUUCAAACAAAACAUGUGAGAGUCUAUUUGUAAAUGUAAAUAAAAAUGCAAAUAUAGCUAUAUUUAAGUUGUAUGUUUAAACAUAUCUAAGAUCACAAUAGUCAUGCUUUAAUUUAGCCUAUAUUUUAGGCUAAAUUAAAUAUUCUAACCCCAAAUAUUUUUCUCCAUUGCCUUCCUUCCCCUCAGUGCUCAUCCCGAAAUGUAUUGAUUAUUUAAGUUAAUUUGAAAAUAGAAUGUAGAACAAAAAUGUGACUAGGCUCUGAAAUGAAUUAUCUUUUUCAUACUAAUUAUCAUAUUUUUGUGUAAACUGGAAAUAAUUCAAGAACACCUAACAUGAAUGAUACUGCCUUAUUUACACUUGUCACUGAAAGCAUUCGUUAGGUAUGGGAUAAUGACCAUAACAAUAAGUAGCCCACUAGAGAAAGGAAUAUAUUUCUUUUUUUUAAUUCAAAUUUCCCUAAUCUGCUUUUGUUCAGAUAUGCUGGAACUAGAAUUCUUUGCCAGGUAUUGUCCAACUGCUGGUGCUAGAGAAUGAAUUAAUUAUUCAGUAGAUUAGUAUAGAUAGUCUUAAUGUUUACAUUUUUGUGUUAAACAAGCAAACAUGAUUGUUAAUAUGGUAUAAAGGAAGCAUGUAUAUUGGAAUUGUCUCUAGUGUAAACUAUACAUAUGUGUAGAUAAUCUUCAUAAUUUAAAAAGGCAGCAUAUGUAUAUUUUAAUUGUUACUUAAUAUCUGAGUUCCAAAAUGCCAUUUUGAUUGUUUUGGGUUUGAUGUACUUAAUUGAAAAGAUGUAAUAGGCAGAAAUGAUUUGCUUUUAAAUUUGUCUCUGAAUGUUUGGCAAAAGUAAGUUUUCAGCUGAAAUAUUCCUUUGCACACAUACAAUAAUUAAAUAAUAGUAGAGGCAAAACAGCAUAAUUAAUGAUAGAAAAAUGAACAGCAUAAUUAAUGAUAACAAAAAAAAUAAAAAAUACACAGGAAUGGCUCAUGAUUUGUGUUAGGCUUUGCACAUUACAGCAAGCUUCUUCCCAUGUUGUCCAUUUUUAAGACAGACUUAAUUAGAAGCUGUUCACUCCACUAGAAUACCAUUUAUGGGGAGGUAGGGACUUCUUGGCAAGAUAAAGGCCACAAACAUCUCUCACAUGAAUCAGGCUUCUUGCUGAAAUGUCAUGGCAUGUGAGAAAGACUGAUAUUGUAGCAGGCUAACUUGGUUCCUUAAACUGCUUAACGACUAAUCCUUUGUUGAGAAUGCAUAGGACAAAGUGUUAUAUCCAUUUCACUGUUUCUUUCUGUGGAAAAGUAGAGAAAUGAAUAAACGAAUUUAAUACCAUGGUAAAGAUAGGAAAUACAGCUUUUAUCCUUACUUGGAAAGAAUACAGGCAAUAUAUAUUUUCAUUGCUUUAUGUUUAUGUACAACAAAAAGUGUGUCAUAUUCAUAGGUGAGACGAAAGUUGGGAUCUCUCUCUGUCUCUCUCUGUCUCUUUCUCUCUCUCUCAGUACAAAUCAUAAUCCUUUUUCAUUUCUUAGUUUUUCUUUCCACCAUCUUUUUUCCAUGAAUCCUUUAUUGGCUGAUUGUGAGCUAUUUAGUUAGUAUCAACUUUUAAGAACAAAACAGACUUUCUCCAGAAUGAUUUGUCCCAAGCCUGACACUUUAGGUUUCCUACUGUAUACCCAUUGCUGGUAUAAUCAAGUCUAUCUUUCUUCUGCUGAUUGUCCUUUUCUUUUACUUUCCAACUUUCCAGCAUUGUAGACUUUCAGGUCAUCAUAUAAUAUGUUAAAAUGGUAGUCUGAGUCUGGUCUUGUGCCUCAAAUGAGAAUUCAAAUGGAUUUAUUCUAUGGUCCAUUUAUUUGCUUGGAUAUCUAUAGUAUUUUCAAAAGUUUUUUCCAAUACCAAAGUUCAAAAGCAUCAUUUUUUAUCCUACUUCUUCAAAGUCCAACAUUGCUUGCACAAUUUUGAUUUUGAUAGUUGUGGACACAUCAGAGCAUCUGAGUAUUUUUUCCAAAGCCUUCAUUGUAAUUCUACCAAAUAUCUGUGGUAUAUUUCUUUACUACUGAUUCCUUUACUAUUGAUACUGUAGUCAAAACCUAAAAUGGCUGCUUGCAAAGACUAACAUUAUUCAAGUUAUUGACUACGUUGUACUCCUAUAUCUUUCAUGACUAUGAAACCACACUGUUCAUUGAUUUUAUUCCUUAGUAGUAAUAAAAAUUACUACAAUUAUAUAAUUCUUGACCAAACAUGCUCAGUUUCAAUCCAUUCCACUUUACCAAUGCCUAAGAAGCCCAGUUGUAGUUGGUUUAUUUUGUUUUUCACUUUGUUGAACUUUCUUAUAAUCAUGCUUUUUAUGUUCCAUUUUCUCAUUGUAAUUCUGCCUUUGCAGCUUUUCCCGUACAAUAACAUCAGCAACUAUAUGCCCCAAAGACUUUAAUUUAGCUGUAUCAUAAACACCAUUACAUUUCAAAAGAUCCUCAGCAAUUCUGCAAUAGCAUAUUGAAUGCCAACCCAUCUGACACUAUCUUAUUGCUCAGUUUAUGACCAUGUGAUAAGGAAUAUCUAGUUUGGGGGCACGGGACAAGUGAGCCUAUUUGAACAUUUGAGAACAUAUUGUGGGCAUUCCUAGCUGGUUUUCUUGGGGAGUAUGAGCAGUUUGAAAGCAACUGUUUAUCAGGCAGCGACUUAUCCAAACUGAGCACUGGGUUCUAGCUCAAGGAUAUAGAACAUUUUCAAAGAAAUGCUUUCCAGAACAAAACAUUAUUCAGCAUCCAUACAAGCUACAUGGGGCUAAGUCAUGCUGAAAAGUUUUGAGAACUUUCCAGUAGAGCUGAGGAAUCUUUCAAUCCCCAGAAUUGAAAAUAAUCCUCAAAAUAAGGCAUAGAAAGACAUGAGUUCAAGAAACUGAGCAAGUGUUAGCCUGGAUAUAACUACCUUAUUUCUAAAUAUAUGAACUCAUUGUGGUCUAUAUUAUGCCCUGUUCUUCCAGCUUUGGGACAUGAUUUCAAAACAUGAAGCCAUUUCCACACUCUAUCUAAAGGGCAUUUUGAGAUUUAUGAUAAUGUCCAAUAUAAUUAGACAUACACAAACAUACUACUCCCUUCACUCUAAUUUUAUGUGAUAUGGAGAUGAGAUGCCUACAAAAAUGCUACAUUUUCCUGUAAAUUCUAUGCCUCAAGGGUCUUGAAAGGCUACUAUUCCUGUUUUUCCCUUCCCUAACUGUUCAUGCCCAGCUUAUCUGCAUAUUACUAGCCAGCUUUACUAAUGCAGCAGCAAUAUAAAUUUAUAAUGCUUUAAAUUUUCCCUAUUCUUACUACUGUAGAGAUCCUUAGGAGUUGAUAAUUAAAGAAACUAGCACAAUCCAUAAAUUGUGUUUGAAAUAAAGGCUUGUUUGCAAAAACAAAUGUAACUUCUACAGCUUAAUUAUGCACUCAGAUGUUAAAUAAAUCUUUUAAUAUCAACCAUCCUAUCUCUAACAAAUUUCUCUUCUCAGAAAAACUGUCUUGAUUUAUACAGGGUAAGAAAACAAAAGCUGUUCCCAAACUGUCUGAAGCCAAAGGAAAUGAAAGGCACGACACCAAUAGAGGUGCAGAAUAUGAGAGAAUGCCAAUCCGGAAAAGGCUGUGGCCAAGCUACAGGAAGUUUUCUCCAAGUGUAUAAACAUACUCAGCUUUGGCUUGAGCACAGCUGUAGGUGUUAUUACUUUUUCCUUAUCAACCCACAUGCAUUUUUCCUUGCAAAAAUUCUUUCUUAAUCUUUUGUUUUGGAAAGCAUGCUACUGAUAAAAUGCUCAGUUUCCUCCUGCUCAGUUUCUGUACUGCUGAUGAGAAAAGUACAGUCAAUAUUUAUCUCCUUUGCAUUCAUAAGUCUCCCCUAAUCAAAAGGAAAAGUGCCUGCUGCCUCGUUCUUCAUUUAAUUUGUGGAAGAAAUCAUGGUCUGUUAUUUAUAGCAAUAUGCAAGAAAAAAUAAUGGGUAAAGAACUCCUUCCAUCAAAUGAUUUUAUUCACAUUUUUUUCCAUUGCAUUUUGCUGUAGAAGUAUCCAAAUCAACUUUCAGUUUUAUGCAUCUCUAAUUAAUUGAACUUAAGCAAAAGGGACUUUUGCCUGUAUCCAGGCAAUGAAGUUGGUGUUUAGUUAAAUGGACUCAUAUUGUAAAUUGGACUCAUUGUAAAUUGGACUCUCAUAUCUUACGUUUAUGCAUUGCAAACAACAUUUAGAAAGAUAAAUAAUUAGCUAACAAUAAAUUUUUACAAGAACUUAAAUAAUUUUUUUCUUGGAUGUUUUACUGAAUAAUAUACAUUCAGCUAAAGUGAGAAUUGGCCAAAUAACAAGUGGUUGCAUCCACAAACUCGGGGAAAGAUUUGAAAGUAACUAGAGAGGUUUUAGUCAUAUAACUAAUUAAAAUAGUAUAAAUCAAAAUCUGUUGUUAGCCACAUUUGAUUUUAUGUUAUUUCUUUGGAAACAAAGAAAUAACAACCUUUCUAUUGGUGGAAUUGAAAGCUAUUAGAGUUGCCCCUGCUGAGUGUUUGUAAGAGCCUGUUAAUAACAGUGUCUAAAGAACAAUUUCCAGUAAUUAAUAAGCUAUGGUUUCUGGCAGUCCACAAAUACUCCACCCCUUGCUGAUGUGAAGAGGAAGUCUGAGAUACUUAUAUAUAUGUAUAUAAAAAAAACAAGCUGACUGCCAGUGUUUCUGAAAUAUGGGCUCAUGUAACUACAAAUUCUAUGUUUUGCAUUUUUGUUUUAUUAGUUUUAUUCCAAGAACAUAUAUACACAAUCUGGUACAUCUUUGCACAAAAUAAG